UCCCUCUCCAUCCGCGAGGUCAUAAGUUCUCUCUUGCCUUAUCUAUAGAUAAGAACGAAUCUCCUCGACUCGACUGAUAUGAUGGAUGGAAUGGGUAGAAGGUUGAGGUUAUUGUGUGUUGAUUUAGUUAGGACUUUGUCUCCCUUUCGUUAUCUUCCGCCCCGGGUGGAUGACCUGUGGGAGCUAAGUCGAAGAUCUCGGUGUCGUCGUGAGUGGUUGAUAAACAACGAUUGCAGUUUGAUUUAGGGAGUCCCAACCCUGUGAAGCUUAACAGACAAAGAAAACGAUAGAGACUUCCGGGUAUAGGGUGACGACCUUAAUGAAUCAAGUAUUCAGGUGGCAGAGUUUUGAGCUACAUAAGCGCUCAAAUUCCGGAAUACUUAUUGCCCCAAAAAUAUGAUCAACCCCAGGUACAUUUAUUAGGUUUUGAUCUGAGGCUAUCCUGGUCUGCAGGACCCAACACAAGUAUUCAUCCUUUCCAAUCUGAAAAAGGUGUUGCCGAAAGCUUACCCUCUUCCACACGGAUGCUACAGCCGCUAUCACUUUUGCAGGAGGGGAAUUACAGAGUUCGCCUCUCGACAUCUUGUUUGG